ACCAGUAUGGCGGCGCCGCGCGGACGCUGGCUUCCGACCUCUCCAAGAUGGCGCCCUUUCCCGCCUUCCUGCCUCUCCCUUCAAGUUUCGAAGAGCCUCCGCUCCUCCUUCGCUGAGAGAGAGAGGCGGCUCCGUGAGCCAUGGACGAGGAGAGGAGGGCGGCGGGGGGCUUCGCUAUCGCCCUGGCUGUGUUUUACGGGGCUCUGGGGGCCCUCGUCUUGCUGGGAGCUCGGGACGUGCUUUUUCAGUACGAGGAGAACCGGUGCGGCAUGACCUACAUGUUCGAGUAUCCCGAGUAUCUGAAAAUAAAGCUACCUAAGAAAGUAUCAAAACGUUAUGCAGCCUAUGAGCUUUAUCUCUAUGGUGAAGGAAUUUAUGCAGAAGAAAAUAGAAAACUGAUGUUAAGUGGGAUUCCUGUCCUUUUUCUUCCUGGCAACGCAGGGAGUUUCAAACAAGCACGCUCCCUUGGGUCAAUAGCACUCAGAAAGGCAGAAGAUAUUGACUUGAAGUAUCAUUUUGAUGUCUUUAGUGUCAACUUCAAUGAGGAGCUUGUUGCAUUUUAUGGUGGCAGUCUACAAAGGCAGACCAGAUUUGUGCAUGAAUGUAUCAAAGAAAUCCUAAAGUUAUAUAAGGGCCGUGUGUUUGCUCCACGCAGUGUUGCAAUAGUGGGUCAUUCCAUGGGCGGCCUUGUUGCAAGAGCGCUGUUUACUCUUAAAAAUUUUAAGUCAGAACUCCUCAAUGUUCUUGUAACUCAAGCCACACCCCACGUUGCACCUGUAAUGCCAUUGGAUCAAUAUCUUACUGAUUUUUACAGAACUGUGAACCAGAACUGGAUUCGAAAGGCUAAAGAAAUAAGAAAUCUGACCACUCUUUCUGUAGCAGGAGGAUUUCGAGAUUAUCAAGUUCGUUCAAGCUUGGCUUUUCUGCCCAAAUCAAGUCAUCAAUACUGUGCCUUAUCUGUUGUGAGUUCAUCAGUUCCUCGGGUAUGGGUGUCAACAGACCAUCUCUCAAUUGUUUGGUGUAAAGAAUUGAUCUUGGCUACUGUCAGAGCUUUUUUUGAUCUUAUUGAUGAAGAUACUAAACAGAUUACAGAGGAUCCACAAAAGAGAAUGCUAGUGUUGAAACACCACUUUCUGAACCAUCCAGCAAAAGUCUUUGAAGAAAGGCCUGAAUUAAUUACUGAACUAACAGAACCAGGAAGAUGGCUUCAGAUAAAAUCUUCAAAAUGGUCCUAUGCAGGAUAUAAUCAAUCAGAUGGAAAAUAUUUCACUUUUGACCUCUCAAGCCACAGAAAAUUGUAUAGUCAUAUCUACUGUCAAAACAGCAUGUUGGAUACAAACAGUUGGAUAUAUGGCUGUAUAAAUCGUACCUCAUCUACAUGUCUGCAGGCUGUUGAUUUGACUUGGAAAGCUGAACUGCUACCAACAGUUAAGACUGUGACUCUGAAACUUCAAGAUUAUCCUUCUUUAACUCAUCUUGCACUUCAUGUACCAGCUGUCAAUGGAAAUAAGUUUACCUUGGACUGUGAGUUCUUUAAUGAAGCUUCAAGAACAUUUCAUCUUCCUGUUACUCAGCUUUUUACUCUAGGGCUUUCUUCAAGCAAAAUCACAUUAAAUUCAACUGGCUUUCUUCACAAUGUUCAGCUCCAACAUUUUGGUCAGACACAUCAGGCUUUUAAGAUCCUUAUAGAGAGCCGCUGCCAGUCAGUCAAAGAAAGAAAACCCAGCAUAUACCGGCUUCGUAUACCUUGGUCACAUGAAGAUUCCUUAACUUUGUCUCAGGUUCCAUCUUUGACUGAGAUUUCUGCAAAGCUACACGUUGCACAGCCUGAAAAUGAUACAACUGUUCCAGUACUAAAUAUCUAUUCUUCUCCGGAUUGUCAAUAUGAAGUCACUGUCAAGACUUCUUUUCUGCAAGUUCUUGGACAGGUAAUAAGGUUCCAUGGUGGUGCCCUUCCUGUGUACAUUAUUUCUAAUAUUCUUCUUGCAUAUGGAAAACAGUUAAGGUCCCUAAUUUCAACAGGCAAGUGCUUAGAUUUUAUUCCUGCAUUGACUAAAGCAGCCAAACCUUAUAAAGUGGAACCAAUAGUCAAUGUUGCUAAAUUCUUAUUAGGGGUUAACUGGUUUAAAGGCAUGUGGGACAUGUUGUUCUUGCCAGAACUGGAUGCUGUUACUCUGAGCCACCAAAAUGUGUGGUUCCCUCUCAUUUCCCUGAGUCUCUUUAUGUUUGGGACUGCCAUAGCCUAUUGGAGUGGCAUACUCUUCAAUUCAUCUCUAAAGCUCUUAUCUUCAUUGCAUCUAGUUUUGACCAGGCCCUCUGGACUACCAUCAGAUAACAGUUUAAUUACUCGAAGAAGGUUGUGUGUUGCUGCUUCCAUGAUUUUGCUUAGUUGGACGACAUGUGGGUCGUUGGUUAUAACAAUAACUUAUUUCCAUUACAUCUUCAAGAUGAUUAAACUACAAUCAAUAGCAAGAACAGAACUAAGUGUCCUUAAUAUGUCUUCAAACAGCGUGGAACAAAAUUCCAAUUAUUCCAAAAAAGAUAUUGGAAAGAACUGUGGAUCCACAGAGGAGCUUUCACAAUCGUCUACCAGCAGCACAGCGGUUGAUGGCAUUAUCGAUAGUCUAAAGAUGCAUGUCACCAUCCUCAAUUUACUCACGUGGAUUGUACUGCUUUGUUGCCCAUCUUUGAUAUAUUGGCUAAAAAAUCUCAGGUACCAUAUCAGACUGGAUCCUGAUCCAUGUAGAACUCUUGCUGUUAUCCUCAUCUCUGUAUUGGGGAUACUCAUGAAUACCAAUACUUCAAAGCUUAAAUCAAGUCGACUGUUGAAAAUUGCACUUCGUCUUCCACUUCCUUUCUCUGUAGCUGUUGUUGCUUUUGCACCGUUGCAUUUAUACAGAGCACCGUACUUGAUAAUCAUUCCUCUUUCUUUUCAUGCAUUAUGCCACACGGUGUGAGACUUUGCCAAAGCUCAGAGCCAACAAACAGCAGUCAUGGGAGACUGAAUACAGGAUGAUCUACGACAGAAUACAGAUGACAAAAAUGCAGUUGGCUGCCAAUGGCAGAAAUGCGAACAAUAUUUGGUAUGCAGAAUGGGGCAUAUCUAGAAGUGAUAACCUGUUUGGACAACAUGAGAUUUUCUACUGUACUGUUUUCAAGUAUUUCUUUAAAAAUACUCUAGAAAUGUAGAUUGCAGUUGAUGGCAAGAUCUGCAACAUGGUUUCCUUGGUAUGAGAGUAAUCAGUUUUAUUUUUCACUGUUUUUACCGUUGUGAACUUUUAUUGUUCUGUACACUCUUAUGUUCUUAAGCACAGUGACCAAAAGGAAAGAGUCAUAAAAUUAAGUGGCCAAUAAGACAAUCUGAAAGUUAUUAACUCAGUUAUAGGCAUAUCUUAUAGCUUUAUCAUUCCUUGUGUCUAUAGUAAACUAUAAUGCUGUUGCUGCUAGACUGUUGCUGAUGACAAAUCCAAAGCACUUUCAGAACCUCACUAUCAAUGAAAUUAUUAAAAGCUAAAUGUGUCGACAUAUUCAAUGUAAUAUAGUUUAGUAAGGACAAUAUAGGAACAAAUGUUUGUAUUGCUAAAUUGCAAAAUCUAAAAUUCAGGACAGAUUCUUGGGUUACUAUUUCUAUACAGAGAAAUUUAUGCUAGUGUACAUGUAAGUAUGUGAAAAAUAACAUGAAGUAGCAAACGUGGGUUGGUGGGGGGCAUCCUCACCUAAGCUUCCCAAUAUUUCAGCAUAUAGGAGAUAAAAUUGUGAGUUUGCAUAGCUACUCUGAUUAGAUUAAUUAAUUAAUUAGAUAGAAGGAUUUCAUGUUGAGGAUAGCAUCCAGCACACAAAACUGAUUUCUUCAAGAGCAGCAAGAUCCUAUAUCAUGCCAGUAAUGUUUAUUUAUAGAGGAGGUCCUAGCGAAUCAUAGGCUUCACUCAUAUUAUCUCUGUUUUUACCAAAUUUAGCUUCAGUUUUUCUUCAUGAACAUCAAACCUUCUAUAUCUUAAAUUAGUUGCAAGUCCCAGCAUUACUCAUGAUUCAUUAUACUGACUGGUGGUUACAGUUUCACAACCUCUGGAGUAGAGGUGGGAAGGCCCAGAAAAAAUGUUUUGUUUUGUUUUUUCAUUUUUCUGCAGCCUCCCCCAUUUUUCGGGGUUUUUCCCCCCCAGGCCUUCCCAUCUCUACUCUGGAGUGUUACAGGUUGCUCACUUUUUUCUUAAGUCAGUGGUGUCAAACUUGUGGCCCUCCAGGUAUUUUGGAUUUCAGCUCUCAGAAUCCCUUGCCAUUGAAUAAGCUGACUAGGACUUCUGGGAAUUGAAGGGUCCAAACAUCUGGAGGAUUACAAGCUUGAUACCUCUGUCUUAACUGGUUCGGGAAUGAUAGAAAAACACAUUUUUUAAAAACAAUCAAAUCUUUCUCUGUUUGAAAAUAAAUUUCCAAAGAAUCUGCCCUGAACCAGGAGCCUGAAUGGCAAAUCCUGAUGAUAUAAUAACCAUCUACAAAACUAACAUUCUCUGGUACCUUAAUGCAAGGUAUUGUAUCCAAAGGCCAGUGCUGCAUCCCAUCCAUUUGACCACAAGUGACUGUUUUGUAAAUAUAGCAUAGUUUGCUGGCCUAUUUAUAUGUAACUGCACUUGUGUCUUACUUUGACAUCAUCCAUUGCCUUGAUGCCUAAAACAUGUUACAUAAUGUCUCUUUUCUUCCUCCUGAUUUAAUCUAGGAAAGGGACUUUUCUCCAAAUCAAAAUGCAGUACAUAUUUCUGUCCUGCCUUUCUCCUUUUUGUAUCAUUCGUGCCUGAAGUGCCUCAGUUAGUAAACUGAAGUGUGUACAUAUUAAUCAUUCAAUGUUUUCUCAAUUGACUUGAAACCCCUUUUAAGUAUAGAAGUAUUUUGUCUCUAAAGUUGUGUGUGUGUGAACCAUGAAGGCCACUCUAAUCGGAAUAAGUGUUUUAAAUGCUGUGCUCUAGAUAUAAUCUCAUCUCAGUAUCAUUAAAUAAUUUUUAUCCUGUUUAAAA